AUGUCAGUGUACCACCAAGAGGGCACCAAUGUGCUGUACGUGGGGGGCCAGACAGUGAUCUACGUGCUGACGUUCACUGACAGGGGGGUCCACGACCUGAAGAUCCCUGUGGUAACCGAUGAAAACGCAAAGGCAGCUUGCAUCGCCAAAUCAGACCCACCAAAGUUGGAGUGUGACAAUUUCAUCACAGUCAUUCAGAAAGUCAAUGACACUUUUGUGGUAUGCGGGACAAAUGCAGGAACCCCCAAAUGCUGGCUGCUGGUAAAUGACACUGUGCUGACUGACGCCCCCACCAAUGGACAGAUGGCACCAGCCUCUGACAUCUCCCCUCCCUACCCCUCCCAGAGGUCCGUCAGUCUGUCCGCAGAUGGGAAUCUAUACUCUGCUCUGUCAGCAGUAGGGCGUCACCCUGGCUCUAUCCGCCGGACCUACGGCACUCAGAAGCUUCUGAAGACUGAGACCAAGUGGCUGCAGAGCCCCCAGUUUGGUGGAGCAGCAGUAAUGCCAGCCUCUCAGAAACACAAGGAGGAGAUCUACUUCUUCUUCAGUGAGAUCAACAAGACGGCCAUGGUGGACGAGGAGCCCUACAGGUCGCGCAUUGGCCGAAUCUGCAUGGUGGACGAGGGGGGCAUAAAGAACCUGUUGGCGGACUCGUGGACUACCUUCCUGAAGGCCAGGGUGAUGUGUGGUGCGGGUAGCACCCCCCAGCAGUACAACAACAUCAGACAGGCUUUUGUGCUGUCUGACGUGGCCCACGAGAAGAGGACCGGGGUCAUUUACGGCCUGUUUGCCAACGCCUGGGACACAACAGUGAUAUGUGCUUACUCCAUCGAGGACAUUGACCAGGCCUUCGCCACAUCCAAACUGAAGGGUUACAGCAGUCCUCUGAUUGGACAUCGCCCUGGCACAUGUGCCUUCAAGAACUCCACGGCAGCCCACAACCCUAAGACCCUAGUGGUGAUCAGGGACCACCCGGAGAUUGAGGACGUGAUUCGUCCGGUCGGGGGUGCUCCGCUGAACCUGCCCACCGACGAUCACUUCACACACACUGUCGCUGCCAUUGUGCUUGCAGUAAACGACGAGCACUAUAGUGUGCUGUACCUGGGAACAGAACAGGGGAAAGUGCUCAAGGUUCUGCACACUAUCGAGGAGGCCUUUAUCAUAUCCCAGUACUCCCUCUUCCACAACGAGGGUCCUGUUCUAAGCAUGGCCAUCGACUCUAAGAAGGGCCACCUUUAUGUGGGCACGGCAAUGGAGGUCCAGCGCAUACUAUUGGCUGACUGCGGUCGCUAUGGAGACAGUUGCCGGGAGUGCAUUCUGUCUCGGGAUCCCUAUUGUGGUUGGGACGCAGCCAGGAGGAGGUGCACACCCAUCCCCACAGCACCGAAGACCCAUAGGACAAACCCCAAACAGGUGGUGAUUGACUCGGACGGCCCCGUUAACCUCCCCUGCCCCGUGCGCUCCUUUCACGCCACCUACCGCUGGGAGAAGGACAACUGUAUCAAGCACUACCCCUGCUUCAUCAUUGGAGACUCCUGUGUGCUGGAACCCACCCCUGACCUGCCCCUUAAGCAGGGGGUGUUCCGCUGCAUGGCCACGGAGAACGGCUACAAGGUGGAGGUGGUCUCCUACAGGCUGGUGAUCAACAGUGGGCCUCUGCCUGCCUCCUUGGCCUCUACCCUGGGGCCAUGCCUCCUGCUUGCCUCAGCCACCCUCUGGCUCCUGUAA